CGCCCAGGUGAGGUGGUGUGAGAGCGGUUGCGUAGCUCUAUACGCUCCUUUGGGGCUGGCUGACGAUAGAGAAAAAGCAUCGGUGAGGUAAAAACCUCUGGUGAGGAGAGAAAGAAGAGUAUGGUACUAGUUUUUAGCGGUGAUGGAGGGUAGUUCCUUGUCCGUUGUCUUGGCCAGCGUGGGCCCACCCAGGUUGGGUAGGGUGCAGUCUAUGGGCCCAGGCACGCCUCGGUGUUGGCAGCUCUGGUAGGGUCUAGUGUUCGUGCGUUUGACGUGGGAUGAAUGCCCAGGGAUGCCUGUGUGAGCUGCUUUUGUGGUUGGAGACCGGCACUUGAUUCUAGCUCUUUUCCAGUCAGCAUCAAUUCUGUGAAGCACAGUAUUACUAUGAACAUCAAUCAUAAAGGUGGCUUAAAACUUAACAAAAUUGAGAAGAAGUUCUUGAGGAAACAGAGUAGAGCCAGGCAUGUGCUGCUGCAACACGAAGGCAUCCAGGCAGUGUCUCACCCCACUCAGAGCCUGGUUGUUGCCAAUGGUGGUCUUGGUAAUGGUGUGAGCAGGAAGCAGCUGCUUUUGGCUUUAGAGAAUUCUGGACCCAUGGAAGCUCUCUUAAUGCCACCUAAUAAACCUUAUGCAUUUGUAAUAUACAAAACUAUCGAAGAAUCCAAGAAAGCAUAUGCUAACCUCAAUGGAAAAGAAAUCAUUGAUGAUUUGGGACAGAAGAUCAUUCUGUACUUGAAUUAUGUCGAAAAAGCACAAUGGAAAAAGUUGGGGCUUCAAGCCUUGCCUCCCGGCCUCUUGGUGGUAGAAGAAAUUAUUUCUUCUGAGGAUGAGAAAAUGCUUUUGGAAAGUGUUAAUUGGACAGGAGACACAGGCAAUCAGAAUUUUCAAAAGUCCUUAAAACACAGAAGAGUUAAACAUUUUGGUUAUGAAUUCAACUAUGAGAACAACAGUGUGGAUAAAGAUAAGCCCUUACCUGGCGGUCUUCCUGAUAUUUGCAACAGCAUUUUGGAAAAAUGGUUGAAAGAAGGUUACAUUAAACAUAAACCUGAUCAGUUGACCAUAAAUCAGUAUGAGCCUGGGCAUGGAAUUCCUGCCCAUAUUGACACACAUUCUGCAUUUGAGGAUGAGAUUAUUUCUCUCAGUUUGGGGUCAGAGAUUGUUAUGGAUUUUAAGCACCCAGAGGGUGUCACUGUACAAGUUAUGUUACCUCGUCGGAGUUUGCUGGUGAUGACAGGAGAAUCUAGAUACCUUUGGACUCAUGGAAUUACACCCAGAAAAUUUGAUACUGUCCAAGCAUCUGAGCAGUUCAAAGGUGGAAUAAUCACCAGUGACAUUGGAGACUUGACUUUAAGCAAGCGGGGAAUUCGAACAUCAUUUACGUUUAGGAAAGUGAGACGUGUGCCCUGUAAUUGUAGUUACUCCUCAGUCUGUGACAGACAGAGGAAGGCCACACUUCCUUCCCUUCCAGAGAGCAGUAAAGAAGCAUGCCAGCUGGAACAAGAGCAUGUUCAUCGUGUCUAUGAUUUGAUUGCAAGACACUUCAGCAGCACAAGACACAGCCCAUGGCCACGCAUCGUGGAGUUUCUGAAAGCUUUGCCAAGUGGUUCUGUAGUGGCAGAUGUUGGAUGUGGAAACGGAAAGUACCUUGGCAUUAACAAGGAGUUAUAUAUGAUUGGGUGUGAUCAUAGCCAGAACCUUUUGGACAUUUGUAGAGAGAGGGAGUUUCAGGCUUUAGUCUGUGAUGCACUGUCUAUUCCAUUCCGAAGUGGGUCUUUUGAUGCUUGCAUCUCCAUUGCUGUCAUUCAUCAUUUUUCAACUGCGGAGCGUAGAGUGGCAGCUCUCCAAGAACUUGUCCGUCUCCUGAGACCUGGUGGGCAGGCCCUCAUAUAUGUCUGGGCAAUGGAACAAGAAUAUAAAAAUCACAGAUCCAAGUACCUUAGAGGAAGCAAAACUUGCCUGCAAGAUAAAGAGGAGAUAAACAAUGUCAUAGCCGCUGAGGGAUUGCUAGUAAAUCAAAUGUCUGGUGAAAAUAGUGAAGACCUAGAAUCUUCUGUUUCCUCCACUGAUAAUAUCAAGGAGGAAGGAUGUAAGCCAAGGAAAGUUCCUAAUUCUGAGCUUCCUGUUCAUACAAACCGGACUUCUUUUCAUUCCCAAGAUGUGCUGGUUCCAUGGCACCUCAAGAGAAAUCCUGGUAAAGACAAAGCCGUUGAGCCCUUUGGCUUAGCAGGAUGCCCUGACCCAUGUCCUGUGUUUCAUCGUUAUUACCAUGUUUUCUGUAAUGGAGAAUUGGAGGCUUCCUGCCAGGCUCUGGGUGAUGUUAACAUUCUGCAGAGCUACUAUGAUGAGGGGAAUUGGUGUGUUGUUCUUCAAAAGGUCUGAUCUGAACAUAUCAGCUGUAAAGAAAAAGAAAUACCUAUCUGUUUCUUCGAAGGAGGAUAAAUUAUCCCUUUAAAUAAUGAGGAAGCUUUGGGAGACAUUACCAAAGGAAAACUGAGAGCAGAGAUUAUAGAGGUAACAUUCUAUCUGCAAUUUUUGGCUGACUUCAUAAACAUAGGUUCCUCUUACAUGCCUUAUAAAUAUGAUGUUGAAAAGUGAUUGGCAUUAACUUGUGAAAGGUCUGUGAUCUUUGUGUAAGUGUACAGCAUUUUGAGCUAAGCUUUUCUUAUAAAGUGUUUAUAAAGAUCCUAAACUAUGUAAGAUCAAAAUGAAGCAAUUAUGUAACCUUUUAAAUGACUUGGAAGAUUCCUGGACAACAGGACACUAUCUGAAGUGUUAUCUACAACUAAUUGUUCCGAAGAAAAUCAUAGCAACUUUCUCCCCCCCCCCAUCUUUCCAGCACACUGGAUGCCCAGUAAAACUUUAGCCACGUAUUUCUCAGGAUUAAUAGAAACUUCAUUCAACAGAUAUCCAUUAAACUCCUACCAUUUACUAUUAAGUACUAGGAAUGAAGCUGUAAGCAAGUAAAGGAGGUUGGGUUGUAGCUCAGUGAAAGAACAGGUGUUUCUAAUUGAAGCCCUGGAUUUAAUGGCCAUCACCACAAACAAACAUAGCAGCAGAAAACAAGAGCAAAGUCCUUCCUAGGAAGCUUACUUUCUGGGAGGUGAGGCUGACAAAAGCAAACAAAUAAGUUAAUAUUAUGUUCCUGGUAAUCAUAAACGACAGAUAAAAAAGUAAAUUGGAGGCUGAAAGGGGUAUUAACCUAUGAGAAAAAGGUUACUUUCUAAUGGCUGAAAUAACUCCCAGUCCUGACUGAUGAAUUGUCAGGAACUACUACUGUUCCUCAUCUGUUGGUUUAAGUUCUAAAGACAACUCAAAUAGUUCUCUUUAACAGUUAAAUUGCAAACGUUAAAAUGUUAUUAGCCACACCAAACUUUGCUCUUUCAGUCACAAUUGACUGUUUUUUCUUAUUCUUCAUUUGUUCCAAUCUAGGAAGAAUGGAGGUAUUUUUAUCUAGUCCGUGAAACCAAAAGUCUGUUCUUGGAAAGUACUACUAAAAUUGAUCAAUAUCUAGCCAGACUGAAUUGACUAAGAAGAAACUUUUAUAAUUUUUUAAUUGACUCAAUCAAAAAAACAUAGUUAAAAGCAACAUGUACAUGCUUUAAGACCAUAACUUGAUUUAAUAAACAUUAUAAUUAACAAAUUAAAAAUUACAGUAAGACACUCUCAAAUGAGACUUCUAUUUGAAUGUACAAUUUUCUCUUUUCUAUUUAUGAGAGAGAAUCUCAUGUGUCCACUUUGGUCUCAAUCUAAGUACCCAGUUCUCUGCUUUCACCUCUCCAGACCUGGUAUAACAACAGACCUGGUAACACAACAGCCUAAGAAUAAUGUUUAUAUUGAAAAAAUUAAAAUAUUAUUUAUAUAUUAAAACAGUGGUUCUCAACCUGUGGGACAGGACCCCUGGUAGCCAGACCACACUUUCACAGGAGUUGCAUAAAACCAUUAGAAAUAUAUAUUUAUAUUAGUAUUCAUAACAGUAUCAAGAUUAUAGUUAUGAAGUAGUAAUAAAAAUAAAUUUAUAGUUUAUUUUUAUAUAUAUUCCUACAACAGGAAGGGCAGUAUUAAAUAGUCAGAGCAGUGGAAAAGAUAAGAACCACUCUAUUAAAAGAACAUAUGCCCCAGUAAGAUGCUUAGUUGAUAAAGAGCAAGUUCCAGGACAGCAAGGGCUACACAGAGAAACCCUGUCUCGAAGAAGAAAAAAUAGAAAAGAAAAAGCAAAGUUAGCUUGUCCUAAAUCAAAAUUUGAAUAUGUUGUUUGUGAACCUAAGUUUCUAAGUAAACAAGUUAGCCAUGUUUGAUUGGCCAUAAGAAGAAAAAUUUUAAAGUAUAUAUCGGCUCUUUAGGCUAAUUUGAAUAUUUCUUUAUUUUUGGAUAUUUUAGAAUCUUAAAGGCAGGCAUAGUGUCAUACCUAUAGUAUUAGCUGCUCAGACGCCUGAGCACCAGAGGUCAAAACUGGUUAGGGUUACAUAGUGAGACCCCAUCUAAAAGUAAAACAGAAAAAUAAGAGACAUUUCUUCUUUGUGUCAUUUCCAUCAUUUCUUCUCCUUUGAAAUGGCAUCCUUGGGUCUCAGUCAUGAGUAUCGUUAAGAAAUAAGUUCAUUGUCCCUGGAGGACCUAAUUUCGACUUACUGCAUGUUUUCUCUCCAUAGAAUUAAGAAGUGUUUGUAGGUUUUUGUUACUUCCCAUUUCCAACAGCUUCAGGCUGUCUACCCCCACUAUUGGGAUUGCCGUUUCCUUGAGACUAGAGAACUGCCACUGUGAACAUCUUGGUGGCCUUCUCCUAAAGUCUUUAGUAGAUAAUUUUUAAUUAUCUACUAACAAUUAUCUAAUAAACAUUGUUAUAAGCUAAGAGAAAUAUAAACUCUAGCUUACAAUUAGAAUUUUUCAAUUAUCACUAUAAUUCUAAAAAAUUAUCUUUAGUUAAUAAAGGAAAUGAUCUCAAGUUUUAUUAGAAUAUUAAGAUACUGUGAUGUAUUUUGUCUCAUAUGUCAGUCUUUUAUUGUAUACCAGCUUUUGAAUGAAAGUGUCUGGUGGAUGAGAGGAGCAGUGAUUUGAUUAGAAAUAUUGGCUGUCUGCCUAUCAUUUUAAAAUUUUAUGAUUUUGGAUAUAAGCAGUUCAAAUUAGAACCCUGUGAAUUUAAAAGGCUAAGAAAUAAUAACGGGACUAUGUCAAUUUGAUUCAUGUUUUCCAUACUUGAAGAAUUUUAACUGAAAAUUUGAAAAUAUAAAUUCUUAUAAUCUUACGGGGGCUGUGAACAUGCAUUGCUUUUUUAGCUUCUGACUUCCUACACACCAUUGUGGCUAUGUCUGACUUGAAAUAAAUUUUUCUUCUGUGCUGUGUCAGCCUCAUGACCUGA